UGCUAUCUUAUCGAGGCUGGGUGAAAAUUGUAAUUGUUUUUGUGGAUUUGUUGCAAGUGGUUGGUGGUCUUUCGGGCGUUCUUAAGAUUACGAAUACUCACCAUUUGCUGGAUGACCGCCCACUCUGGCUUCCAAAUCGGAUGAGAGCGGCCGGCCGCCGCCGCCUUACGGCCGCGGCGGCGGGCUCAAGUUCCGAAAGCGGACAACAGGCGGCAGCACGGUCGCGGCGGCUGACUCGGGCAGGCCAGUGCGUCGCGAAAAUGGCAGAAAGUAUGAGGGCGAGCGGCCGGCACGGGGCAAGUUUCGGCCCGAGAGGCGCGGCGCCGGUCGCGGCAGCGCUGCUCGCGAGCUGCGAGAGCCAGACGGCCGAGCCGGACAGCGGGCCGACUCUGACUCCGACUCUGGAGAGGCCGGGACGGGUGCCGAGUCGGAGCGUCCGCGGCGCACGACUGAGUACAGUCGCAGUGACGAUAACCGGAUCUCGAACCUGCUGAAGCGGCUAUACCGAGACGAGGUACCCGAGAGACACCAGGCCACCGCGCGCUCACUGCAGGAGGCGGUGCUGGCGCCGGAGAACGCGCGCUACGUGCGCCGGGCGGCCGACUACCUGCUCAGCUGGCUACAGGAUGCUCUGAAGGCGGCGCCGGGCGCCUCCGGACGCCAGCAGGUGGCCGCCGUGAUAGCUCGCCUCGGGCUGGUGCUGGCCGGAGGCAAUGACGCCAAACGGUUUGUGACCUGGGUGCUGGACAGAUACAAACAGACCGGCUCCAACAACAUGAAGAAAAACUACCUGUUUGCGCUGGAAGAGGCCUACCGUCUGGACUCUGGCCGCAGUCUGUCCACCGUCUCCGAGCUCACGGUGUCGCAGCUGCAGCUGGCCCUGGAGACGCAGGACUCUGCCGAGCUGAUGCAGGCUACCGUGGCCUGUCUGACGGCUGUGCUGCAGCGCUACCCGACCGCCUUCCAGCGGCACUUCAGGGACACUGUGGACAUUCUAGUGGGGUGGCAUAUCGACCCCACGCAGCCGGCUUGGGUCGGACAGCUCGCCUCGCGCUCCCUGUGCGACCUCAAACAGUUCUGGGCGGCCGAUGCCGACUUCGGGUCGCUGCUCACCGGGCAGUUUGUCGAGGAUAUGGAUAGCUACGCUAUGGAGCUGGCGGAGCUGCAGGAGCGGACAGCGGGCAGGGCGGGCGCCGCUCCCGACCCCGGCGACGACCGCCAACAGCUCACCGAAGAGGCCUGCUCCAAGAUCGUGGAGCUCAUCAAGGUGUACUCUUCUGUGAUGGUGGCCCGCGCGGAGGCCGGUGACUCGGAAAAGGACAGCAGCACGUGCGCGGCCCAUCUGCGAGUGAUUGCCGAGUGCCUCCUAUCGGUGGGACGCUGCCAACAUUCGGACCUCCUGGUCACCACAGGUUGCGCGGCGCUGGGUCAUCUGGUCACCCUGCUCGGCCAGCGUCUGGGCGCCGACGUGCAGUACCUGUUGUCGUUUGUGACGCAGGUGUGGCCGGAAGUGGCGCACCUCUCCGACCUCAGUCUGGUGGCCGUCUGUAGACUUCUGGAGACGAUGCUGCGCCACGGCGGCACGGUUCUGCCGUCAGACCUGAUGGACCAGCUGUUUGGUCGUAACUCGCCGCUGAGACCGCUGAGACUCUCCUACUCUGAGCAGGUGCGCUCGGCGGUGCUGGCCACCUACCGCGCGGCGCUCGGACUUAAGAACGUGCCGCUCCUGCAGGACGUCUACCGGCACGUGCUGGCCGACCUGCACGAGAGUUUUCUAGCGGCCACCGGGGUCAAUCCCGCCCUGGAAUCGACCGCCUCGACCGCUGCUGCUCCUGAGGACACCUCUAAGACCUCACCGGGAACCUCUGACGUCAUCGGACCAAACGACGGCCGCCAGCUGGUGGCCUUCUGUCUUCAGGCGCUGGCCGAGCUCGCGAGCACCCGUAACUCGAUAAUCGGCCUGUGGGCUCUGAGUCCGAGCAUCGUCGACCUUCUGGCGGUGUCGCUGCGUCCGGACGAUCGUCGGGUGGCGGCCAGCCAGCCGCUCAUCAAACAUAUGACGCUGAGCCUGCUCUACACACAUUGUGACAGGCACCGCCACUUUCUGAGCACCAGUCGCCUGACCCGCUCUGAGCGGACCACGCCGGCCCUGGUGCCGUCCGUGGCGCCGUCCACCGGCCACAACCUCACCACACUGCUGGCACUCAUCACACGGCUGCUGACGCAGCCGGAGGGUCUGUCCGACACGGAGCGGCUGCUGCUGCUGUGGGCCGGCCAGCUGGCAGAGGCAGCUGCCGCCGGCGGCUACACCGAGCAGCUGCUGCGCUCCGGCGAGCUGGCGCAGCUGGCAGCUGCUGCGGCGGAGCGGGCGCGCUCGCCGAGCCGGCAGCUGGCGCGCUGUGCCGCCGAGACGUGCCGGCGGCUGGUGGUGGCUCUCGGAUGGGACACGCUACCGGCGCCGCUGCGUCAGCAGCUCUGUGAGGUGUGUGCUGUCCGCCUGGACGGUCCGAGGCCGCUGGAGGUGGACGGUGCGCCGCUUCUCACCUGCCUGCCGCCAGACCAGCUUCUAUCAGCGCUGCACGCGCAGGCCACCGACGUCACGCUGGGCCGCCAGACUGUGGUGCGCGCCCGACGGCACCUGCGCACCCGGCAGGUGGCCGUUCCCGCGCGGCCCGUCACUUGGCGACGCUUCGUCGACGGACUCGCUGACAGCUCUUCCCCACUGGACUGGGUACCAGAGGCGUUCCGGUCCUGCCAGGACGCCUCGGUCGCGCACAAGGCCGACGACGCGUGGAUGCUACCAGCUCGCGGCAACCUUCUGAAACUCUGGUGCGACCUGUCGGCCGCAGAGUUUUGCGUUCAGAACCGGCUCAAGACGCCGCCGCAUAAGAAACCCGAGAGGACUCUGACCGAGCUCGACGACAAAAUCCGCGAGUGUGUGGCGUCCAACGGAUCCGGGUUGGCGCGGCUGGUCGCCUUCCUCGAGACGUUCGACAAGUGCAUCUACCUGGCCAGCGAGGGAUCGGCGCUGAUGCCGGCUGUCUUUAGCAAGGCGGUGCGCUCGUUUUUCCGCGCCAACGCCGCCACGUGCCGCGAGUGGCUGCUGCGCGCUCGGCGCCACCUGUUGCGCGCGCCGGCUGCGCUGGCUCGUCUGCCGGCGGCCGGCGGUGUGCAGCUGGUGCGCGGUCUCAGGAGACUUGAGCCGGCCGGAGCUGAGGAUGGCUGGAUGGAGGCGGCGGAGCUGCUGGCUGCCGGGAGGCACGGCCAGGCUGCUGACGCUCUGAAGGAGUACGUACUGGAGCGAACGGCGGGUGAGACUCUCUCAGCGCAGGCGGUGGAUCAAGAGCUCCUAUCAGCCCUCGGAGACCGAGUCCUGGACAGCUACCUGGCCGUCGGACGGUACGACGAGGCCAUCGCCUGGAGGGAGACGAUGACGAAGCACCAGCUGCCCUGCUCGGACCAGGUGCUGGAUAAUCUGGACAACAUCCGUCUAUUGGCCAAGUUCGCGGACGGUGACUACAGCGGGGCGGCGGCACUGGCAGUGGACUCCCCACCGGCCGCUGGGGGACUGACGUCCGUGGUUGGGUGUCAGCUGGAGACAGCGGCGGCAGCAGCAGCGCUCUGCGCCGGCGGGGAACACUGGAAGGCCGCCGGAGAGAGACUGACUGCGGCCACAGAGCGAGUGGCUCGUGUCGUUCACGAAGGCGCGACGGAGCACCCUCCUGCAGUGGCGCCCGCAGCGCUGCUCAGUCUACAGACCCUCCAUCGACUGCUGAAGGUUCGCGGUGGUGCAUCGGCCAACCGCAUACCACUACCUGAGCUGGCCGAGCCGGGCUGGCGGGCUCGCAGCCUCGACACACCGGCGCUGCUGCAGCUCACUCACUGGAGCCAGUGUCUGCAGACGCUCGGAGCUGUCCAACCGACCGACCCGGCCGCCGCGCGUAUCCGUCUCACCGCUGUGAAGAGGCUCCGCCGCUCCGGGGACGCGGAGCCGGCGGCGCGACUGCUACUGUGCCGCUCUGUUGGGAAAGGGGACGGCGCUGCCACAGACCUAGCUGCCCGCCUGCGCCGGCUGGUGACUGAUCCCGCCGAGAGCGCCGCCCUGCCGGAGGUGCGGCGAGAAGCUGCCAAACUCCUGCACGGCCUGGGUGAUCCAGAUUCAGCGGCGGAGGCGCUGCUUGGCACACCGGUCGGGGAUAUCACCUCACGCACGGACCUCCUCCUGGCCCGCUGGUUGUCUACUGCUGACGGAGGAACCCCCGUCUCACCGGAUCCUACCCUCCUGGAGCGGUACCUCUCCGCCGCGCCGACGGGCGAGCUCGGUGGUGUGGACAGCCGCGUGGUGCCCCCGCAGGAGCUCCCCAUCGGGAGGCUCCUCGAGGCGGGCGUCCACCGGUGUCCUGAGGACGCCAAAGCCUGGUUCCAGCUGGCCGCUUGGUGUUACACCUGGGGAAAACAGGCGGUGACGGAGUCGCAGAGCCGCAGUGCCGAGCAGCUGGACGCCGCCGGGAGCAGGGAGGCGGUCCGCGCGCUGCUGCCGGCUGCCGCCCCGGAGCUGGUGGACAGGGUGACUGAUAUCGUGGAGAGGAGUCACGUCUCGGCAGAGAGUCUAGACCAGGAGGACGAUAUCGAGGAGGACAUUGUAUCCUCGGCGGCGUGGGCGCGCUCCCAGCUAUCCGCCGUCGCUCCAUCUCCGGACUGCGUGGAGCCUCUGCUGGCUCUGUGGCGGGCCGCGCAGCGUCGUGUCUACGGCCACCUCGGCCUGGCCGCUGCCGGCUACCUCCGCUUCCUGCGGCUCCAGCCGAGCGCCUGCGAGCGCAGCACUCUGGCCGCCCUGCGGCUGCUGAGGCUGAUCGUCAAACACGCGGCUGAGCUCCGCGAGUCGCUGGUGGAGGGACUGGCUGAUACGCCAGCCGGGCCCUGGAAGGCCAUCAUACCGCAGCUGUUCUCCCGUCUGGACCACCCGGAGCCGGCAGUGCGCGCCGCCAUCGGCAGCCUACUCUGCGCCGUGGCCGACGACGACCCGCCUCUGAUCGUCUUCCCGGCGGUGGUGGGCAGCGACACGGCACGUGCCGACGCAACGGAAACAGCUGAUGGGGAGGACCGGGACGGUGAGGAGGCAGAGGAGGACCCGGAGACGGCCCGUCGAGCCGACAGCUACUCGGCGCUGGUGGACACACUCCGAAAACGGACUCCGGCGGCCAUCGACGACGUGACGGUCCUAGUCCGAGAACUACGCCGCGUCACCCUGCUCUGGGACGAGUUGUGGGCCGGCGCGCUGGCGCAGCACCAGGCUGAGGCGACCCGUCGGCUGGCCGGGCUGGCCUCUGAGCUACAGAAGGUGGCCGAGAGGGACACGUUGACUGAACAGGAGAGGACGGCCAUCGCUACCGACAAGUACAGCAUCGCAGUGCGGCCGAUCUUGUACAUGCUGGAAAAGCUGCACACCAUCACUUCGGCGCCGCCGGAGACACCACAUGAGAAGAUGUUCCAGAAACUGUACCAGUCCGACAUUGAGGCAGCUCUGGCGGAGCUGCGCCAGCCCUCGGAGCUGUGGGCUCCGCGCUCCGCCUGGGAGCCGUUCCGACGACUGGCCGGCUCCCUGCAGCAGCGACUGAGCGGCAGGGCGGCGCAGACACUCAGUUUGCCGAGCAUAUCGCCCGUACUGGCAGAGCUGCGUGACACGGCCGUUACGAUGCCGGGCGUAACGGAGACGAGUCUGACGGUGACGGGUAUCGAUCAUGCCGUCACCAUCCUGCCCACCAAGACGCGGCCCAAGAAACUACACCUGCGUGGCUCGGAUGGACGCAGCUACCCAUACCUGUUCAAGGGUCUGGAGGACCUUCACUUGGACGAACGGAUCAUGCAGCUGCUGGCCAUCACUAACCAGAUGCUGGCCAAGCCGACAGAGGAGGGGCAGCGGUACCGCGCGCGCCGGUACGCCGUGGUACCUCUCGGCCCACGCUCCGGUCUCAUCCAGUGGCUUGAGGGGAGCACGCCCGUGUUCGGACUGUACAAACGGUGGCAGCAGCGGGCAGCCACUGCUAACGGUACCGCCGGCCCAGUAUCAGCCUCCGUGCCGCGUCCAUCGGACCUGUUCACGGCCCGUCUGCAGCCGCUGCUGCGCUCCGCCGGCCUGUCGGCCGACUCUUCCCGCCGAGACUGGCCCACGGACGUGCUGGUCACCGUGCUGGAGCAGCUGCAGGAGGACACGCCGCCCGAUAUACUGGCCAGGGAGCUGUGGCUGGGCGCCAGCAGCGCCGGCGCCUGGUGGUCGGCCACCCAGGCCUACACCCGCUCCAUGGCCGUCAUGUCGAUGGCUGGCUACCUGAUCGGUCUGGGGGACCGGCAUCUGGACAACCUGCUGCUGGAUGUCAGCACAGGAGAGGUGGUCCACAUCGACUACAACGUGUGUUUCGAGAAGGGGCGCAGCCUGCGGAUACCCGAGCGGGUGCCCUACAGGAUGACCCAGAACUUGCGAACCGCGCUCGGCGUCACGGGGCUCGAAGGACCAUUCCGUCUGGGCUGUGAGCACGUACUGGCCACCCUGCGCGCCGGCAGUGAGACGCUGCUGACCCUCCUAGAGGCGUUUGUGUACGACCCGCUGGUCGACUGGACGCCCGCUCACGACGCCGGCUUCACAGGUGCCGUGUACGGAGGCCGACGAGCGGCCCAGGACAGCUCCGGUCGUCGCCGCGUGGAGCGAGCCAUGACCGUCUCUCUGUUCUGUGUACAAGUGGCGGAGAUGAAACCCGAGUGGACAGAGAACAAACGGUCGCUGACGGCCGCGCUGGAGAAGCUGCGAGACCAGUUUACCCAGUACCUGAGUCUGCACGGCGCCUUCAGUUCGCUGGAGGACAGCGGACGGUCCCUCUCAGAGCAGCAGGCACUGCUGACGGAGGCGCUCAGCAACCAGCUCAGCAGCGUAUGGAGUCUGCCGGAGCGGUGGGCGCGUCACCGGAGCGUCUCUAUGGCUGUGUCGGCCGCUCACAGUCGGCUGGAGGAGGGCAUCAAACAGUGGACAGUGUGGGACACCGCCUACCAGACGGCGGACUCUGUGCUGCUCAGCGGACAGCUGCUGGAGUGGAGUGACGCGGUGUCCGGACACGGUCUGUCGCCGUGUCCGCCGGCUGUCCUCGAGUUCCUGGUGUCCGCCGGACAGCAGCAGCUCGCUCAGCAGUGUACCGAGAUGGACGACCUGCUCCGGGAGCGUUCGGAGCGUCUGCUGCGUCCGCUACAGUCGGCGGUAUCGGCCCUGCGCCAGAUGGCCGCCCUGCUGCCCUAUCUGCCGCCCUCGCAGCUGCGGGGGACGCACCGGGUGCGGUGCUACCUGGCCUGGCUGACCGCGCUGAGACAGCAACUGAAUACUGAGAGACUGGACGAGGUUCGCGGCCAGUUCCGUUCCGUGUUCGGCUCGGAGCCUUACACGGCCACCCGGGCGAGACUUCUGACAGAGGUGCGCGCUCAGUACCAGCACAUCCAGACGGCCAACAACUACCGAAUCCAGGAGCUCGAGUCCGGAGUGGGCAGCGCGGACCCGGCCCAGCUCUCUCUGACUCUCGAGUCCGGGGUGGGCAGCGCCGACCCGGCCCAGCUGCGCACCGAACUGGAGCGUCUGUUUGAGCUGGCCCAGGCGGGUCCAGAGGAGGAGGCCGCUGCCCGCCGCUGUACCCUGCUGUCGGCUCUGUACACGGCCGGACGGCAGCUGCUGAGGCUAGAGACCACCGCGCAUGGCGCCGGGGACCGUCUGGUCGAGAUGACCUCCCAAGAGGGCCGCUGGUUUGUCGAUGAGCUGGCCGCCGCCCAGUGCUGGCUGGAGCGGCUCGGUCGUCUGGUAACCGCUGGCUGGUCAAAGCAGGAGGUGCCCUCAGCAGUUAAAGAGGCGCUGGAUGACCUGGCCGCGGCCCAGGAUGUGAUGCAGGCUCUGCAGGACCUGAAGACCAAGUUCACGAGCAUCAUCCUGCCGGAGGGGCUGCGGUACUCUCAGCAGGAGGAGCCCUCGGUGCUGACGACCAUCACCAGUGUCAGUGACAUCAUCAGCGCCGCCGGAGUGCCGCUCCAUCAGCUUAUGGGCUCUCUGGAGCAGCACGUGCGCCACUUAGUGCUGGGCGUACCCUCGCAGCACGAGCCGGCCGUGGCUACGGCACGAGCCCUGCUCGCUCAGUUCCAGGCGCAGGUCAACCGACGCGACGGACAGAUGACGCAAGGUCAGAUGCUGCUGAUGGGCUUCAACAUCCUGUUCGAGACAGUGGAGCGCAAGGUGGAGACGCUGGUGGCGCGCCUGCCGCAGCUGCGGGAGUGGGCCAGUGUCGACUGCAUACGAGACGCCGCCGCCAUCAUGGCGCCGCUGCGCAGUGCCGCCACCCGCGAGGUCCUCCAGCUGAUGACGUUCCUGCUGCGACUGGAGCUGCUGCAGAACUUCUUCACCAAGUGCCUCCAGAACGCCGCCGCCUACACAGGUGUUGAGAUGCCGCAGCUGCAGCUCUCUGUAUGUUCGGACGGACAGCUGACAGCACCACUCCGUCAGUGUAUCAGUGGGUACCUGAGACGCACUGUACUGGGGCUACCUUCGCUACUGGCGGCGCGACUGACCUGCCGCCUGGCCGACACAUGCGGAAUCAGCGUCACUGCGGAGGUUGCCCAGCGUGAGGUGGGUGCCGACAGCCGCGUACCCCUGGAGGAGCUGGUACGCGCCGCCCUGGAGCGAGCGCUGGCAGACGGGACGGCCACCUCCGGUCAGCUGGCGCGCUGUCAGCAGCGGGUCACACAGCUGGAGACGGCCUGGAGACAGCACUCGCUACUGAGCGCGUGUCAGGAGGAGCUGGCCCAGUGCCAGCGCGCCGCCGAGCGUUACCAGCUGUCUGAGGCGGCCCACCUGUGGCUGUACCAUGACCUGACCGGCACGGCCGGCACCGGCCGAGACCUGGUGCUGGACCAGCUGAACCGCGCCAUCAGCGCCGCCCAUCGAUGCCCGCCGCUCUGGGACCUCUGUGACGAGUUCAGUCAGCUGGCGCAGAGCGUGGAGCAGCGGCUGCGCUGGGCGGCCGGAGCCAAUGCCGAGGUCACACAGCUGCUGGAGUCACACACGAGCAGCGUUCAGCGGUGCCAGGCGCGCGUGGCCGACCUCCGUCAGCUGCUGGCCGCCGUGGCCGAGCUCGGCAGGAGCGUGCUGCACUCGGAGAGACUGAGAGGACGCGGAGCCGAUCCGGCCGCCGAGGACUCCAGGUUCAUACAGCUACUGGGCGAGGUGCAGGAGGCGGCCCGUCUCUCCUCGGACGCCGGUCAGUCGGUGACCCCCUCAGAGGCGGCGCUGUGUGCCUCCGUGCCGCCCCCGGACAGGAUGACGGCAGGCUGGAUCGCCCAGGCGGCAUCGGCUCUGCAGGAGCUGCAGCAGACCAACACGGAGGAGGUGUCUGAGCGUCAAUCUGAGAUGUUUGUCUGCUGGGACGAGAUACGCGGACAGGUGGGGCGGGUCAGAGACCUGCUAACCGCCCACCACAAACUGAUCUCAGAUGUCCGCCUGUUACUUAAGGCCAUAGCCAAGGGCUCCGGCGAUGAACUACCUGCAGUGGAGACGUACAUGACGCAGCACCGCGGCUUCUCCGAGCCUCUGACUACGCUGAUACGCAGCGUCCUCAACGAGCCGGUCAGCCGAGACCACGUGACCGAGUACCUGACCGGGCUGGAGGCUAUACUGCAGAGCACUGGCGCUGUGUAUGAUACGCUGGUGGCCCUGGCCGGACAGCUAUCGUCCGCCCCAGCGGAGGACACCAAACCGCUGACACCGAGAGAGAAGCCCAGCACGCAGCGAGACCCGCGUACUGGCAGAGGUAUCCAGGGCUGUAACCAGUACGCCCUGGCCGUGUGGCGUCGAGUCCGACAGAAACUCGAGGGAAGAGAUCCGGACCCCAACAGAACAGCCACAGUGGAAGAACAGGUGGAUUUCACCAUCCGCGAGGCGACCAGCACCACCAACCUGGCGCUGCUGUACGAGGGAUGGACGCCCUGGGUGUGAGCGCCGGCCGCCGCAGGCCACCGGCCACCUCCGUCCUCCGACUCCUCACCGAGUCGCCCGCUCGUCUCAGCCGCCGCGCUGAGCCAUCGCCGGCGAGCGGCGCGCCGCCGAGCCGCCGCCGCCGCCGCCGCGCCCGGGC